AUGGCAGCCGCACGUGCCCCCACCUUGGAUGCGCCGGUUGCUUCAAUUGAGAACGCUUUUCAGAGCAUGCUGCCUGGGAAGAUGCAGUUCCAUGCCGACUCUCACACUGGCACAUGCCGACAAGGCUGCUGGCACGAGUUCGAUGAAAUAAGCAACUAUCAAGAGAAACAGCAUACGCCAGGGAUAACUACUACAACACAGCAAAAGGUGCCCCCGGCAGGCGCCUCCUCCAACGCAAGCUGGCUGGUCUACUUGGGCGUCCUGUACGUCUGCACCGUGUUCGACGAAUCCUGUGCAGAAAGGCGGCGGAAUGCGAUCUUGUAG